AUGGAACUGGAUGAUGCCGAAGAUGCGGCAGUUUAUGAGUGGCUCUACGACCACCGCCCCCUUCUCGAUACCCCCCACGUGAACGGUCCGAGCUACAAAAAAUGGAAUUUGUCUCUUCCCCAAAUGGCAACUCUCCAUCGGCUCAGUCACCAAAUUCUAAGUGAUGUCGUUGACCAGAACUACUACCACAUGUUCGACUUGAACAGCUUCUUCACAGCCAAGGCCCUUAACGUCGCCAUUCCUGGUGGACCCCGUUUCGAGCCUUUGUACAAAGAUAUCGAUCCCAAUGACGAAGAUUUCAGCGAGUUCAACGCCAUUGACCGCAUCAUCUUCCGUGCCCCGAUUCGAACUGAGUACCGGGUCACCUUCCCUUUCCUCUACAAUACCCUGCCUCGAAGCGUCAAGGUCGCUUGGUACUCCCAUCCCCAGGUGGUCUACGUCCGCACCGAGGAUCCUAACCUGCCGGCCUUCUAUUUCGAUCCCGUCAUCAACCCGAUCUCCUCCCGCUCCGUCGCGCCUAAAAAUAUCACCGUCAGCCAUGAAGAUGAAAUCUUCGGGCCUGGCAAUAAUGAAGACGACGAAUUUGAGCUUCCGGGUGAGGUCGAGCCCUUCUUUGACGACGAAGAACUUUACACAUCCGACACCGCGUCCGCCAUCGCCCUAUGGUGGGCCCCUCACCCAUUCGAUAAGAGAUCUGGCAAGAUGGUUCGUGCACAGGAUGUGCCAUUGGUCAAGCAAUGGUACUUGGAACACUGUCCACAGGGUCAGCCUGUCAAAGUCCGAGUCUCGUACCAGAAGAUGCUCAAGACCUACGUUCUCAACGAAUUGCACAAGGGCACACCCAAGGCCCACAGCAAGCAGAAUCUCAUGAAGACUCUCAAAACAACGAAGUUCUUCCAGCAAACAACGAUCGACUGGGUUGAGGCCGGUUUGCAAGUUUGUCGCCAGGGUUUCAACAUGCUGAACCUGCUGAUUCACCGCAAGAAUCUGACUUAUCUCCAUCUUGAUUACAACUUCAACCUGAAGCCUGUUAAGACAUUGACCACCAAGGAGCGCAAGAAGUCUCGCUUCGGAAAUGCUUUCCACUUGAUGCGUGAAAUUCUCCGGUUGACUAAGCUCAUCGUCGAUGCUCAAGUCCAAUACCGUUUGGGUAACAUCGAUGCCUUCCAACUCGCAGAUGGUAUUCUUUAUGCCUUUAACCACGUGGGCCAGCUUACCGGUAUGUAUCGGUACAAGUACAAGCUUAUGCACCAGAUCCGUUCCUGCAAGGAUCUUAAGCAUUUGAUUUACUACCGAUUUAACUCCGGCCCGGUUGGUAAGGGCCCUGGAUGCGGUUUCUGGGCGCCCGCUUGGCGAGUUUGGCUUUUCUUCAUGCGUGGUAUUAUUCCCCUGCUUGAGCGCUGGCUCGGAAAUUUGCUUUCUCGUCAGUUCGAGGGUCGUCACAGCAAGGGUGUUGCCAAAACGGUCACCAAGCAGCGUGUUGAAUCUCAUUUCGAUCUUGAAUUGCGUGCCUCGGUCAUGGCCGAUCUUAUGGACAUGAUGCCCGAGGGUAUCAAGCAAAACAAGGUCAACGUGGUUUUGCAACAUCUAUCAGAGGCCUGGAGAUGUUGGAAGAGUAACAUUCCAUGGAAGGUUCCCGGCCUGCCCGCACCAAUUGAGAACAUCAUUCUUCGUUACGUCAAAAGCAAGGCCGACUGGUGGAUCUCAGUCGCUCAUUAUAACCGAGAGAGAAUUCGCCGUGGUGCCACAGUUGACAAGACUGUCGCAAAGAAGAACCUUGGUCGACUCACGCGUCUCUGGCUCAAAUCCGAGCAAGAGCGUCAGCACAACUAUUUGAAGGACGGCCCUUACGUUUCGUCUGAAGAGGCGGUUGCAAUUUACACCACCAUGGUUCAUUGGUUGGAGUCUCGCAAGUUCUCCCCAAUUCCCUUCCCCAGUGUUUCCUACAAGCACGACACCAAAAUUCUGAUCCUUGCACUCGAGCGGCUGCGCGAGUCGUACUCCGUGAAGGGAAGAUUGAAUCAAACUCAACGAGAGGAAUUGGCUCUUAUUGAACAGGCCUAUGAUUCCCCCGGCACAACCUUGGCGAGAAUCAAGCGAUUCCUCCUGACACAGAGAGCGUUCAAGGAGGUCAAGAUUGACAUGAAUGAUAACUACAACAACAUCAAUCCUGUCUACGAUAUUGAGCCUAUCGAAAAGAUCACCGACGCUUAUUUGGAUCAGUACCUUUGGUACCAGGCGGAGCAGCGCCAUCUCUUCCCUGCUUGGAUCAAGCCCUCCGACUCUGAGGUUCCUCCUCUACUCACAUACAAGUGGACACAGGGCAUCAACAACCUGUCCAAUGUCUGGGAGACUGCCGAAGGCGAGACGAACGUGAUGAUCGAGACUGAGCUAUCCAAGGUCUAUGAGAAGAUUGAUAUCACUCUGCUGAACCGCCUGCUCCGUUUGAUCAUGGACCACAACCUUGCUGACUACAUCACCUCGAAGAACAAUGUCCAGCUCAGCUACAAGGACAUGAACCACACCAACAGCUAUGGACUGAUUCGCGGUCUCCAAUUCUCGGGCUUCGUGUUCCAGUACUACGGCUUGAUGAUCGAUUUGUUGCUCCUUGGUUUGCAGAGAGCCAGUGAAAUGGCCGGCCCUCCCGGAAGUCCCAACGAUUUCUUGCAAUUCAGAGAUCGUGCCACUGAGACAAGGCACCCCAUCCGUCUGUACACCCGUUACGUCGACAAGAUCUGGGUCUUCUUCCGAUUCCAGGCCGAUGACUCCCGUGACUUGAUUCAGCGGUUCUUGACCGAGAAUCCUGACCCUAACUUCGAGAACGUCAUUGGCUACAAGAAUAAGAAGUGCUGGCCUCGCGAUUGUCGUAUGCGUUUGAUGCGCCAUGAUGUCAACCUUGGUCGUGCUGUUUUCUGGGACAUGAAGAACCGCCUGCCAAGAUCCAUCACCACCAUUGACUGGGAUGAUACAUUCGCAAGCGUGUAUAGUAAAGACAACCCCAACUUGCUGUUCUCGAUGAAUGGAUUCGAAGUCCGCAUUCUCCCCAAGAUGCGGAAUAUGAACGAGGAGUUCUCGGUCAAAGACAGUGUCUGGUCCCUGGUUGACAACUCCACCAAGGAACGUACGGCACAUGCCUUCCUCCAGGUCACUGAAGAGGAUGUUCAAAAGUUCAAUAACCGUAUCCGACAAAUCCUUAUGUCCUCUGGUUCGACCACAUUCACCAAGAUUGCCAACAAGUGGAACACUGCUCUAAUUGCUCUUUUCACUUACUACCGUGAGGCUGCUGUGUCGACUGUCAACCUUCUUGAUACCAUCGUGAAAUGUGAAACGAAGAUCCAGACUCGGGUCAAGAUUGGUCUGAACUCUAAGAUGCCAUCUCGUUUCCCUCCGGCAGUCUUCUACACCCCCAAGGAGCUUGGAGGUCUUGGUAUGAUCUCAGGAUCUCAUAUCCUCAUCCCCACCAGUGAUAAGCGCUGGUCCAAGCAGACUGACACUGGUAUUACCCACUUCCGAGCGGGUAUGUCUCAUGACGAGGAGACAUUGAUUCCGAAUAUCUUCCGAUACAUCAUUCCCUGGGAAGCCGAAUUUAUUGACUCCCAGCGUGUUUGGAUGGAAUACUCGCAAAAGCGUAUGGAAGCCCAGCAGCAGAACCGCCGCCUGACAUUGGAGGAUCUAGAGGACAGCUGGGAUCGUGGUCUUCCCCGUAUUAACACGCUCUUCCAGAAGGAUCGAAGCACCCUCAGCUUCGACAAGGGAUUCCGACUCCGUGCUGAGUUCAAGCAAUACCAGCUGAUGAAGAGCAAUCCGUUCUGGUGGACUAGCCAGCGACACGACGGUAAACUCUGGAACCUCAAUGCCUACCGCACUGAUGUUAUCCAAGCAUUGGGUGGUGUCGAAACAAUUCUCGAGCACACCUUGUUCAAGGCAACAGCUUUCCCAUCCUGGGAAGGUUUGUUCUGGGAAAAAGCGAGUGGUUUCGAAGAAAGUAUGAAGUUCAAGAAGCUCACCAACGCUCAACGGUCCGGUUUGAACCAGAUUCCCAACCGUCGAUUCACUCUCUGGUGGUCGCCGACCAUCAACCGCGCCAACGUCUACGUUGGUUUCCAGGUGCAACUUGAUUUGACUGGUAUCUUCUUGCACGGCAAGAUUCCCACCCUGAAAAUUUCGUUGAUCCAGAUUUUCCGUGCCCAUCUGUGGCAGAAGAUUCACGAAUCGGUGGUUAUGGAUUUGUGUCAAGUCCUGGAUCAGGAGUUGGAACAGCUUGGUAUCGAGGCCGUUCAAAAGGAGACUAUUCACCCACGUAAAUCCUACAAGAUGAACAGCUCUUGUGCGGAUAUUCUGCUCUUCGCGACGAACAAAUGGAAUGUCACCCGACCUUCGCUUGUAUUCGAUACCAAGGACGUCUACGAGCCAACCACGACAAACAAGUUCUGGAUCGACGUGCAGCUUAGAUACGGCGACUACGAUUCUCACGACAUUGAGCGGUACGUUCGUGCUAAGUACCUCGAUUACACCACGGACAGCAUGAGUAUCUAUCCUUCCGCCACUGGGUUGAUGAUUGGCGUUGAUCUUGCAUACAACCUCUUCUCGGCUUACGGACAGUACUUCCCAGGCCUCAAGACUCUGGUUCAGCAGGCUAUGGCUAAGAUCAUGAAGGCUAACCCAGCUUUGUAUGUCUUACGUGAGCGUAUCCGCAAGGGUCUCCAGCUGUAUGCCUCGGAGAGCAGCCAAGAGUUCCUCAAUUCUCAGAACUACUCUGAGCUCUUCAGCCCGCAGAUUCAGCUCUUUAUCGAUGACACUAACGUCUACCGCGUUACGAUCCACAAGACCUUUGAGGGUAACUUGACAACAAAGCCCAUUAACGGAGCAAUCUUCAUCUUCAACCCUCGGACUGGACAAUUGUUCCUGAAGAUCAUCCAUACCAGUGUCUGGGCAGGCCAAAAGCGUCUGGGUCAGUUGGCCAAGUGGAAGACAGCCGAAGAAGUUGCAGCCCUCAUUCGGUCUCUCCCCGUGGAAGAGCAACCGAAGCAGCUCAUUGUCACCCGUAAGGGUCUUCUUGACCCUCUCGAGGUCCACCUGCUCGAUUUCCCUAACAUCUCCAUUCGUGCCUCUGAGCUCCAGCUGCCCUUCCAGGCCGCCAUGAAGGUCGAGAAACUGGCCGAUAUGAUUCUCCGUGCAACCGAGCCUCAGAUGGUACUUUUCAACUUGUAUGAUGAGUGGCUCAAGUCUAUCUCCCCGUACACUGCCUUUUCUCGACUCAUCCUCAUUCUCCGGGCUCUUCACGUCAAUAUCGACAAAGCCAAGAUCAUCCUUCGGCCCGAUAAGACCGUUAUCACUCAAGAACACCACAUCUGGCCAUCCCUGUCUGAUGAGGACUGGAUCAAGGUCGAAGUGCAAUUGCGUGAUCUGAUCUUGAAUGACUAUGGCAAGAAGAACAACGUCAACGUGCAGAGCUUGACCAGUAGUGAAGUUCGUGAUAUCAUCCUGGGUAUGGAGAUUAGUGCGCCUUCUCUGCAGCGACAACAGGCGGCGGAGAUCGAGAAGCAGCAAGAAGAGCAGAAGCAGCUCACUGCUGUGACGACCAAGACUCAGAACGCUCGUGGUGAGGACAUCAUCGUCACUACUACGUCUCAGUACGAACAGCAAUCAUUUGCAUCUAAGACAGAGUGGCGUACUCGUGCGAUUGCGACCUCCAACCUCCGGACGAGGUCCAACAACAUCUAUGUCUCCUCUGACGACAUUCGGGACGAGGGCUACACCUACAUCAUGCCCAAGAACGUCCUCAAGCGAUUCAUCACCAUCGCCGAUCUCCGAGUGCAGGUCACGGGUUACAUAUACGGUAGCUCUCCCCCAGACAAUGACCAGGUCAAAGAGGUCCGCACCAUUGUCAUGAUUCCACAAGUGGGUAACACCCGGGACGUCCAGCUGCCACACCAAUUGCCGCAGCACGAUUAUCUCCAAAAUUUGGAGCCACUCGGUAUCAUCCAUACGGUCUCUGGCAAUGAGCCGCCGUACAUGUCUGCGGCAGAUGUCACACAUCACGCACGCCUCAUGAACGCCCAUCCUUCGUGGGAUAAGAGGACUGUGACCAUGACCGUUUCUUUCACUCCUGGAUCCGUUUCGCUUGCCGCCUGGGGUCUCACUCCGGCGGGCUACAAGUGGGGCGCAGAGAACAAGGACACAACCUCGGAUCAGCCCCAAGGCUUCUCCACCAACAUGGGUGAGAAAUGUCAGCUGCUACUCAGUGACAAGAUCCGCGGCUAUUUCCUUGUGCCUGAGGAUAAUGUCUGGAACUAUAGCUUUAUGGGCAGCUCCUUUGGUAGCGUGGAGAAGAGACCUAUCUACGUCAAGAUCGACACCCCGCUUAAGUUCUACGAUGACCAACACCGUCCCCUGCACUUCCAAAACUUCGCCGAGCUCGAAGACAUCUGGGUUGACCGGUCUGACAACUUUGCGUAA